AGAACAGGAAGUUCCGGACAGACGCAUAGAAAUAGCCAGAACGGUUCAGUUAAGAAGAUAACCUUUGUGUCCAUUUCUAUUUAUUACUACAGGACGACUAGAAUUAAGUCUGAGGCCGGUAACAUCCACCGUGAGGAGAAACCCAGCCUGCCUCUCUCCUUCCACACUGAGUCCAAACCUACAGUCACUGGGUCCUGAUUGUGACAGUGGAGCCUAGUUUGCAAUGCAGAAUCCAGAGAUGGCAUCAGUGAAGCUGGAAGACUGCAGUCAAACACUGGAGCUGAAUGUCAACAUUAAAGAUGAAGAAGAGGAGGAGAAUAUUGGGAAAUCUGUUUCUCAUGGACUAGAAUUAAGUCUGAGGCCGGUGACAUCAACAGUGAGGACAAACCCAGCCUGCCUCUCUCAUUCCACACUGAGUCCAAACCUACAGUCACUGAGUCCUGAUUGUGACAGUGGAGCCCAGUUUGCACUGCAGGAUUCAGAGAUGAAACCAGUGAAGCUGGAAGACUGCAGUCAAACACUGGAGCUGAAUGUCAACAUUAAAGAUGAAGAAGAGAAGAUUGGGAAAUCUCUUUCUCAUGGAGACCAUGUUGAGACAUUCUCUACAUCCAGAGAGCAACAGCAGGAAGAUCAUAGAGCUAAGUGGUCUCACCACUGCCCACAUUGUGAGGAGAAUUUUUCAGUUCUAUCAACACUAAAAAUACACUUGAAAAUACACCUAGGAGAUAAUCUGUAUUCCUGUACUGACUGUGGGAAGAAUUUCUCAACAUCAAAGGUUCUAACAGUUCAUCAGAGAGUGCAUACAGGAGAAAAGCCUUACUCCUGCUCUGACUGUGGUGCGAGUUUCUCUCAACUGGGCACCUUAAAACGACAUGAACGUGUACACACAGGAGAGAAGCCUUACUCCUGCUCUGACUGUGGAAAGAGUUUCUCUCGACCCGAUGACUUAAAAACACACGAACAUAUACAUACAGGAGUGAAGCCUUACUCCUGCUCUGACUGUGGAAAGAGUUUUUCUCGACUGGGCCACUUAAAAACACAUGAACGUAUACAUACAGGAGUGAAGCCUUACUCCUGCUCUGACUGUGGAAAGAGUUUCUCUCAACUGGGUGAAUUAAAAAUACAUGACCGUAUACAUACAGGAUUGAAGCCUUACUCCUGCUCUGACUGUGGAAAGAGUUUCUCUCAACUGGACAGCGUGAAAACACAUGAACGUAUACACACAGGAGAGAGGCCUUACUCCUGCUCUGACUGUGGAAAGAGUUUCUCUAAACUGGACAACUUAAAAAGACAUGAACGUAUACAUACAGGAGUGAAGCCUUACUCCUGCUCUGACUGUGGAAAGAGUUUCUCUCGACUGGGCCACUUAAAAACACAUGAACGUAUACAUACAGGAGUGAAACCUUAAUCCUGCUCUAAUUGUGUAAAAUGCUUCACAUCAACUCACCUAAAAGUUCAUCAGAGAACACACACGGGAGAGAAGCCUUUCUACUGCUCUGACUGAGGAAAAAGUUUAUUUUGAAUGUGCCUGUUAAAAAGACACCAAGGUAAACAUAAAGAAGAGAAGACUUACCACUGAUCUGACUGUAUGUUAUUAUUUUUGUAAACAACAGCUGAUCUAAAAGUUCAUUAGAGAACAGACACAGGAGAGAAGCAUUACUUCUGCUCUGACUGUGGCAGGAGUUUCUCUGGCCAGAUUGGCAAUGUAAAGACACAACAACUGAUACACACUUGAGAGAAGCCUUAUUACUGCACUGACAGUGAGAAGAGAUUCUACAAUUUGGGCCAUUUUAAAAAGACACCAUUGUGUACAUAAAGGAGAGACCUCAUCAUUUCUCUCAGACCAGCUAAGGUUAGUCACUCCCCUUAAUUCUCAUGACAUUAAAUAAUUGGCAAUGUUGAAUUGGAUCAAAUGAAGAAAGCGUAGAACACUAUUGUAAUCCUAUAGUUUCUCACUGUGAGAGAACUACAGAGGAAAGGGAGUGUUAUAGAAUGUUAGCCUCUUUAUUGAUCAGUGUGCACCUUGUCAGUUUUGGUGUGUUUUUUUAGCUUCUACUGUAAAGAUAUUGAGAUGACCUUGGAUUUGCCCUUAGGGUUGAAUAUCCUCUGUGAGGUGUCCAUGUCACGUUCCUGACCUGUUUUCUCUUGUUUUUGUAUGUGUUUAGUUGGUCAGGGCGUGAGUUGGCGUGGGCAUUCUAUGUAUUGUGUUUCUAUGUUGGGUUUAAUGUGUUGCCUGAUAUGGUUCUCAAUUAGAGGCAGGUGUUUGACGUUUCCUCUGAUUGAGAACCAUAUUAAGGUAGGCUGUUCUCACUGUUUGUUUGUGGGUGAUUGUCUUCCGUGUCUGUAUGUAUGUUCGUACCACACGGGACUGUCGCGUUUGUUUGUAGUCUGUACCUGUUCGUGCGUUCUUCGUGUAUUUGUAAGUUCUCAUGUUUUAGGUCAGUCUACAUCGUUUAUUUGUUUUGUAGUUUGUUUAAGAGUUUUCGUGUUUCGUCGUUCUGUUAAUAAAUAUUCAUUAUGUCUUCAUCA